UCUCCUCCUCACAGGGUCCUCUCCACUUGUAAUCAUUAAUGAACCAUCCCUGUAAUGGAGGAGUGACUGUACAGUCUGGAUAUCGCUGAGAGCUGCCUUGGGAAACCAGAAGCUGCUGAAAAUGUCGAGCAGGUAUCACAAAGCAGCAGCCGAUGGCAACUUGGACCUCUUGAAAGAAGCCACUAGGAAAGACCUCAACACUUCAGAUGAAGAUGGGAUGACACCCACCCUUCUGGCAGCUUACCAUGGGUAUCUGGAGGCUCUGGAAAUCAUAUGCCGGAGGGGAGGAGACCCAGACAAGUGUGACAUCUGGGGGAACACGCCUCUCCACCACGCUGCCUGCAAUGGCCACCUCCACUGUGUCUCUUUUUUGAUCAACUUUGGUGCCAACAUCUUUGCUCUGGACAAUGACCUCCGCACUCCCCUGGAGGUGGCUGCCAGCAGGGACCGCAAGGAGUGCGUCCAGAUCCUGGACAAAGCCGCCAUCGAGCAGAUCAUGAUGAACCCCAAGAAGGCUGAGAAACAAAAAGCACAGGCCCAGAGGAACGUUGAGAAACAAAUCAAGGAGUGUGAGAAGCGCCAAGAGAAACACCAGCAUGAGAUGAACCGGAAUUAUAUGAAAGAAAAGGCUGGCACAGUGACUUCUUCCAGAGGAACGCACUCCAGAGUAAAGCUGCCUGGUCUGUUUGCUUCGAAUACCACAGGUACUUUUUCCAAAAACCUGAAAGAUACCUUGAAACUGAAGGCAAAAAAGAUGGCUGGCAGCACAAAAAGCCAGGAAACACAAAGAAAUGACCAAGAGGAUGAUACAGGUCGGAGAAAUGUGAUGCAUUUGUUUGAUGAGAAAGAGGAGGAUGAGUUACUGGACGACCUUGAUGAGAAAAACGUUGCUGAUAAUGACAGUCAGCUCUCCAUUUUUCAGCGGCCGGGUCUCGGCAAGAUUGUGUUUGGAAGGAAUUUGGCUGCGGAUGUAAAUCCUGGAACUGUGUCUUCCGAGAAAGAAGGUGUCAGCUUUACAAUGUCCAGUGAGCUCUUUCAGUAUGAAAAUGCUGAGAAUGGCAGGGAAGGUGAUGCUGAAAAUGGUGCUGAUAUCCCUUGGAAUGAGGAAGAAGUCAUUUGGGAUGACGAGGAAGCAGAGAACACACCCCUUGAAGUGUUUCUGGCAUCACAGAUGCUGGAUGAGUUUCUUCCAGUCUUCAUGAGGGAAAAAAUUGAUUUAGAUGCCCUGAUGCUAUGUUCAGAUGAAGAUCUACAGAGCAUUCAGAUGGAGCUUGGGCCAAGAAAGAAAGUCCUGAAUGCUGUGAAUAAAAGAAAACAGGCACUCAAGAACCCUGGAAAAACUGUAGAUACUUGCUUAUAAAUUAUCACCCCUGUUGCUGUAACCUGCACACUGAUUCUCUUUACAAGGAGCAUGCAAUUCCUUUCAGAUGUCUGCUAAAGCAAAGGGCAGAGAGGUUACCAAUUGCUUUAGAAAGUACAGCAGGGACAAAGAUU